GACGAUUAAAAGAUCAAAAUCAUAAAAUUAAAAUGUAAUGACCAAAAAGGGAACACUCUUGAAUAUCCCCUAAUCAUUCGCCAGCUUUCUUCUGUGCACUGCCAUGGCCACCAUAACAUAUGAUCUUCCUUCAAUUCUGGGUUCCACUCAUACCAAAUUCCUCCUUCGUAACACCGCUCUUCAGGUCAGUAUUGAUACUUUGAAAGGAAAGAAAGUCGGGCUGUACUUUUCAGCAUCUUGGUGUGGGCAGUGUCGUCGAUUUACCUCAACUUUGGUUGAGGUAUACAAUGAGCUUAUUUCUCAGAAAAAGGAUUUUGAGGUUGUUUUUGUCACAGCCGAUGAAGAUGAUGAAUCAUUUGAUAAGUACUUCUUGAACAUGCCCUGGCUUGCUAUUCCGUUUUCUGAUUCAGAAACUCAUGAUAACUUGGAUGAAUUGUUCAAGGUGGAAGGAGUUCCUCACCUUGUGAUCCUAGAUGAAAAUGGCAUGGUUCUAACCAAUGAUGGUGUUCAAAUUAUUCGUGACUAUGAAGCCGAGGGGUAUCCUUUUACCCCAGAAAGAAUCCAGAUAUUGAAACAGCGAGAGGAAAUGGCUAGAAAGGAACAAACUUUAAGAUCUAUACUGGCAUCUAAUUCUCGCCAUUUUUUGCUCUCAACUAAUGGUAAAAAGGUGCCUGUUUCUGCCCUUGAAGGCGAUACUGUUGGUCUAUAUUUCUCACUGUCUUCAUACAGACCAUGCAUAAAUUUCACUCCCGUACUUGUAGAUGUUUAUGAGAAGUUGAAGAAAAAGGGGCAGAAGUUUGAAAUUGUUUUGAUUUCCCUUGAUGACGAUGAAGAACUAUUUAGACAGGGAUUUUCCAGCAUGCCCUGGUAUUCAUUGCCUUUUAAGGACAAGAACUGUGUUAAACUGGCUCGUUAUUUUGAUAUCUCAAUGCUUCCCACUUUGGUGAUAUUAGGACCAGAUGGGAAAACCCUUCAUUUCAAUGCAACCGAGACAAUAGAAGAUCAUGGAGUUGAGGCAUACCCUUUCACACCAGAGUGGUUUCAGGAGCUUGCACAGAUAGAAAAGGCAAGGCAAGAGGCUCAGACCCUUGAGUCAAUUCUCAUUUCUGGGAAGCAGGAUUUUGUAAUAGAUAAAACUGGCACAAAGGUUCCCGUCUCUCAGCUUGUAGGGAAGAACAUUCUCUUGUAUUUUUCAGCACACUGGUGCCCUCCAUGUCGUGCUUUUCUUCCAAAACUUAUUGAAGUUUAUCAGCAGAUAAAGGCAAAGGAUAAUACCUUCGACGUGAUCUUUAUCUCAAGUGACAAAGACCAGACUUCCUACGAGGAGUUCUUUACUGCAAUGCCCUGGUUAGCUAUUCCAUUCGAUGACAAGAGAAACACUCAUCUAAGUCGUUUAUUCAAAGUAUUUGGGGCUUCUAAAUUGGUUGCAAUUGGACCUAAUGGGAAAACCGUCACAACAGAAGCCAGAGAACUUAUUAUGGUUCAUGGAGCAAAGGCUUAUCCUUUUACCGAUGAGCGGUUAAAGGAAGUUGAAUCUGAACUCGAGGAGAUGACUAAAGAGUGGCCCGAGAAGGUGGACCAUGCUCUUCACAAAGACCAUGGACUUGUGCUCAAACGGCGUAAUGUAUAUAAGUGUGAUGGUUGUGAGGAAGAUGGGCAGAAAUGGUCCUUUAACUGUGAAGAAUGUGAUUUUGAUCUACACCCAAAAUGUGCUCUUUCAGAUGAAAAUGGAACUUAUAAUUAUCAUCAUAAUUUGAAGGAUCAUGAAACUUCAAAAGCUGGGUGGAUCUGCAAUGAUCAUGUGUGUGUUAGAGCAUCAUUUUGACCCAUUUUUCCUAUUGCCUGCAAGUUUACGAUUUUACUGUAAUUAUGUUGUGAAGAACUGAAGAGUUUAGGAAUGGUAGUGGUAUACGUAAUGAUAUGGGCUUGGACCUCAAAAUCCUGGAGAGGCCCAGUGUAAUUGAAGCCCAUGCACGCAUGUAGCGCUUAUGGAACCUUAAACCUAGCUGUUCUAGCUCACGUUCCAUCCUUAAACAAUCUAUCUAUCUAUUACUAUAUACUAAAAGAGACGCCAAAAAUGACACGUGUCAUUUCCUGGUGUAAUUUUUUUCCGCCUAAA